CAUUAUAACGAUAGCGAUCUGUAUUAGAGGACGCCGAUAUUAGUCGCGCUCUUUCCGUCAGGGCGGCGCCUGCUUGAUUUUACGUUUUGCACUUUUCAUAGAGACUUAGCCGGUAUGGGUACCGCCGAAAAGAAGGAGAAAAAGAAGGACAAGGGCGAAACGCCGGCCGCCGGGGCCAAGUCAGCCGCCGCAGUCGGAGAAAUGACCGUGGGCGAGGUGCAGCAGAAGACAGAUUUCCUUAUCGCGCCGGAAAAGACGAUACCAAAGCUCGACACCAGCAAGUGGCCUCUCCUGCUAAAGCACUACGACAAGCUCAAUGUCCGGACGGGCCAUUACACACCCAUUCCAGCGGGCAGCACGCCCCUGAAGCGCAGCCUGAAGGAGUACAUCUCCUACGGCUGCAUCAACCUGGACAAGCCCUCGAACCCCAGCUCCCAUGAGGUCGUCGCGUGGGUGAAGCGUAUGCUGCGCGUCGAGAAGACCGGCCACAGCGGCACCCUUGACCCGAAAGUCACGGGCAAUCUCAUCGUCUGCAUCGACCGCGCAACGCGCCUGGCCAAAUCCCAGCAGGCCGCCGGCAAAGAGUACGUCUGCAUCGUUCGGUUCCACUCCAAGGUCGAGGGAGGCACCGGCGCCGUCGCUAAGGCCCUAGAAACCCUUACCGGCGCGCUGUUCCAGCGGCCCCCGCUCAUCUCUGCCGUCAAACGUCAACUGCGUAUCCGUACAAUCUACAAGGCAAAACUGUACGAGUACGAUGAGGAGCGCCACAUGGGUGUCUUUUGGAUUAGCUGCGAGGCCGGCACCUACGUCCGGACGAUGUGUGUCCAUCUGGGCUUGCUCCUAGGUGUCGGAGGGCACAUGCAGGAGCUUCGCCGUGUUCGUUCCGGCAUCAUGGGCGAGUCCCCCAACAACAAUAUGGUCACCAUGCACGACGUCCUGGACGCGCAGUGGAUAUACGACAACUUCAAGGACGAAAGCUACCUCCGUCGCGCGAUUAUGCCGCUGGAGGUGCUGUUGACCGGUUUCAAACGCGUCGUUGUCAAGGACAGCGCGGUCAACGCAAUUUGCUACGGUGCGAAACUGAUGAUUCCAGGUCUGCUGCGUUUUGAGAGCGGCAUCGAGGUCGAUGACGAGAUCGUGUUGAUGACUACAAAGGGCGAGGCGAUUGCGGUGGGCAUUGCCCAGAUGACGACGGCGGUCAUGGCGACGGUGGACCACGGUUGCGUGGCCAAGAUCAAGCGCGUCAUCAUGGAGCGCGACACGUACCCGCGGCGCUGGGGUCUGGGGCCUUUUGCGCAGCUCAAGAAGAAACUCAUAGCAGAGGGGAAGCUGGAUAAGCACGGGCGACCGAACGAGAACACCCCGAAGGAGUACUUGCGAUCGCUGCCGGACUAUGUGGCAAACGGGGGUGCAGCGGGGGCAGCAGGAGCGGCAACACCCGCGCCCGCAGCGGCCGCGGCAGCGGGAGCGGUGACGCCCGCACCCAAGGCGACACCGGCGGCGGCGGCGGCUCCGGAAUCAGAGACCCCCGCUGCGGAGAAGUCCGAGAAGAAGAAAAAGAAGGACAAGAAGAAGAAGGUAGGAGUGGUGUGCGCGACAAAAGGCGAAGAGUGGGAGGGUGCGAAUAUGUCUGGGUAUGGAGGGAGAUACCGGCAGGGGGCGGGUUAA